AUGAAGAUAACCGCAAAUAUUGUUCCGCAUAUAACUGGUACUAUACAAAGACGAUCAGUAGAUAUAUCGGAGAAAGAACAUUUUAAACAAUUAACACAAAGUCUUAGUCUCGCAGACAAAAAUUUCCAGAAUACUGAUGAUGAAAAGGGUAUGGAAAAAUUUAAAGAGAAUUUGACCUUCAAAGACGGCAGAUAUCAAGUUACCUGGCCAUGGAAAGAGGAAAAUCCAGAACUUCCUGAGAAUCGUCAGCUUGCACUGGGGAGAUUGAAAUCUAUGAUAUGCAGUCUUCAAAGAAAACCAGAUAUUGUGAUGAAAUAUAAUUCAGUCAUCGAAGACCAACUUAAAAAGGGGAUAAUUGAAAAGGUUGAUAGAAAUCAUCGCGAUGGAAUAGCCCAUUACUUCCCCCACCAUCCUGUUAUCAAACCUGAUAAAAAUACAACAAAAGUAAGGAUAGUCUAUGACGCUUCCACAAAAUCUAAGUCAGGAUAUAAAAGUUUAAACGAAUGUUUAUAUCGAGGUCCAGUGCUCCUUAAAGAUCUUUGUGGUACAGGACUCAAAGAAGAUAUUUUCGGAAGCAAAAAUGAAUUUGCGCGAGUGGGCCUCAAACAACGAUCAGGUCCUGAGUACAAUCGCUAG